CAUCCCAUGUCCCUAAGUGGCUCUCUCAGGGAUUGAACUCCCAACCUUGGGUUUACCAAGCCAUUACUUAAGCCACUGAGCUAUCCUGCUUGUUGAAAUAAAUAGGUUUAAGCACACACCCCACCCUCACUGAAUAGCCAGAAUGUUUGCAAUUACUUACCUUUGUUCCUGUAGGGUUACAAUUGAUUAGUGAGUUGGAUGGUGAGUUCUGAUUAAUAUGAAACGCUAUUGGACAGUUUAAAUGUAACCAGGGGUAAUGGUGAAGCACUAUUGGGCAGUUUAAAAGACCCAGGAGUUGGUGGAAUGCUAUUGGACAGUUUAAAUGUAACCCCUGGGGUAAAGGUGGAGCACUAUUGGGCAGUUUAAAAGACCCAGGAGUUGGUGGAAUGCUAUGAGUCAUUCUUGCUAGAAAAACACCUCACCCCCAAACUUUAAGCAUGAAAGAAACAACCCCAAGACAUUAACUGAUUUUGCAAAAGGGGACCCUGCACUUGGAAAUGGGGUACUGUUUAACACUGUAAGAAAGCCACAAAUGUAUUUUAACUUACAGGGGUGGAGGAAGCCCUAUUGUGUAUAUAGCAUGGUUCCCACAACAGAGAUACAAAAGGGUGUUCUGCAGAAUCUAUUAUUUGAGAGCUGUGGUGAUUAAAUUAACCUGUUAGCAACUAUGUUGAAACAAUGGGGCUAAGAGGGUAUAAAAACCUUAGGUAUGCUGCAGUCUGUCCUUUUAACAGAAAAUCUUUUUACAUAACUGCUGGACUGCAAAAAGAGGUAAGCUUGCUGUCUCUAACUCUGAAACUACUGCCACUUUUUGCCCAUGCUGUCUUUAGUAAAUAAUGGUGCCUAUGCUUAUUGCAGUGUGAUCUGUUUUAGCAUGGAACCAGUAACUUCAAACUGCAUUUUACCACCAGGCCAAGGCCCACACACACAUGGGGGGAACCAGAACAAUCAUGUUCCAGCAACACUUUAUCCCAUAGUGAAAGUACUGUCAAAACAUGACCAGAGGGAAAACAAACUCAAAAGAAAAAGAGAGGAGACAGCUGAAAAGGAAAAUUCACCAGCAUCAGUGACUGAUGGACGGAUGAAGCCUAGCAUGGGCAACCUUUCUGAAAAUACUGUAGUCAGCGCUACAAGGACACCUCCUCCAGAACCACCAAAGAAACUCAAAAGAAAAAGAGAGGAGACAACUGAAAAGGAAAAUUUACCAGCAUCAGUGACUGAUGGACAGAUGAAGCCCAGCAUGGGCAACCUUUCUGAAAAUGCUGUAGUCAGCGCUACAAGCACACCUCCUCCAGAAGAACUACCAAAGAACCAAAAAUCUGCUUUGAGACCUUUAACAACGCAAAACAGCACUGAAGUGCAGAUGAAGCAUCCGGGCAGCCCAGACCUCAUAUACGUGAAACCCAAGGACAAAACAAAAGACUCUGGUAAAAAGCAACCACACAAACACAACUCCAGUUGCUCAGCGGCUACAGCCACACCAAGCCCUGAGAAAACUGUGAGCGAAAAUGCCCACAUUCACAAACCCAGAGCACGCACUCUAGGGGUUCUGAAGGUGCGCAAACCUGGAGCAUGUGAUGUAUGGGCUCCAUAUAAAAAACCAUGGACUAGAAGCUUCUGCGAUGCCAAGGUGUUGCAACCACACAAACACAAUUCCAGUUCUUCAGCGGCCACCGCCACAGCAAGCCCUGAGAAAACUGUGAAAGAAAAUGCCCACGUUCACAAACCCGGAGCAUGCGCUCUAGGGGUUGUGAAUAAAACACCGAGCACUGACAAAACAUUCUCCCAAAACCAUAAGCUCGCCACAGCUCCCCCAAGUUCUAGUGUUUGGGAAGAGUUUGAUGCUUCCAUCAGAAAAGUGAUGGAUGCUGUAUCCUCGGGGAGUCUAAAAGAACGGCCUUCUAGAAAGACUUGGGAAAAAUAUGAUGCUUUGUUCAGAGCAAUGUUAAAAGACAGGAGGGCUGAAAAGGGUGUCUCUGAGCAGGCAUGACUAGUCGUGGAAAGGGGCCUGGGUAAAAGGGGCACCCUCCAGAGUACACAUCAGCUUAUGUGUAAACAAAAGGGGGGACAGCGCUUGAGGGAUAAACGGAUGGCUGCCAAAAAGUUUCAGGCCAGGGUGGCUGUAAAAAUCUUAAAAAGGGCUAAAGAGGUAAUGAGGAAAAAAAAACAAAGAGAGAUGCCUCCUACUGGAGGCUCUCAGACUGGCUUCUCUGAAAAUGGGGAGAUGGAAUCAGACUCUGGUUUAGCAAAUUCCCCAGAGGGCUCUCUAGACAGGCCCCAUUCUACUUCCAAUGACCCUCAUGGAGGCUUCUCAGAGUUUGACUCCCAAAUAGCAUCUGAUGUAGAAGAUCCCUCUAAUGAUCCCAUAGAGGAACCCCCAAGUAACCCCGAAAAUGCAGAGGUGUAUAUGGAAAGAGUGAGAAGUUGGCAACAUGAAUUACCUAGAUUUGGGGGGUCAGUAUAUUGUGAGGAAUUUCGUUUUGUCAAUCUUGAGCAAGUAAAUUCAGCUCAGCAGGUUGUUGAAGCCAUACACCAAGGAAUACAGUUGGUGCUCGAUGAUGUUAAUGGUAGGGUAGGCCCUGAUGAUUACGUUCAGUUACGUUUAGAGAGCCGUAAUUUAGCUAACCCUUUGUUUUCAGUCAGAAGAACUAGGGAUGAGCUAUCUGCUGAGGAUUUCUUAAAUCAGACCUCAAAGCUGCUACAGAGCAAUAGAGAGUUGCAUCUCGAUGGGACAUUGCGCCUUGUUGUGACAGUUGUGAAAAACAGGGGUGGGGGUGCUCGUAGAGUUUUAAAUUCUAUCCUUAGUAGUCAAAUUAUUCAUAAAAAAAGACAGUGUUUGGUAGACCUGACUUACACCGGUACCAAUCUGUGUUUUGCUGGUGGCCUUUUGGCCGUCAUGUCCGAUCGUAAACCUACGGACACGGAAUUGUUAGCGGAGGCGAGAAAGUUGCAUGAGAAACUGGGGUGGUCAGAUCAAAAAAAGAUUCUGGUCAGUGACGUAGCAAAGUUUGAACAGCAUUUAGGAGUGAACAUACACGUGGUGCUUUAUACGGAAAAAGGUGGCUGGGGCUUUUUUAAAACAGGAGGCCUCACGUACCCCAAGACUUAUUUCAUCCUGUUGCACGAUGAGCAUUACUAUGGAGUUCUGGAUGUGAAAAAGUUGUUUGGAGCGAAAAAUUAUUGUGAGUUUUGCCACACGGUGUACAGCCACGACCACUCUUGUAGGUAUCGUUGCCGCCUCUGCUUGAGUGUAACGUGCUCAGACAGCGUGGGCGUGCAGCUGCGGUGUCCUAGCUGUAGACUGUAUUGUCGAUCCAAAGAAUGUUUAGACAGACAUAUCGACUGUGCAUCAAAAAACCAAGUUGAAUGCCUGUCUAAAACUUUGUGUGAUAAGUGUCAGUCUUACGUGAACAAGCGGCAUAAGUGUAAAGGGAGGCGAUGUAAGCAGUGUCAGGGUUUGAUUGUUGGUGAUGUAGACAGUCACUUUUGUUUUAUGGAUAGCCUUAGAAAGCCUGAAUCCUCAGAAAAGUAUAUUUUUUAUGAUUUUGAAUGCAUGCAGGAGACUGGGUUGCACACUCCCAAUUACAUUUUUGCUAUGUCCUUAAAUCCAGAAAAAUCCUGGGAAUUUAAGGGCGAUGAGUGUCUGUCUGUCUUUGUUAAGACCUUUAUCGGCAAAGAGUUUCGCGACUAUACGUUCCUAGCGCACAAUUCCAAAGGUUAUGAUGCGUACUUCAUCGUUAGGCAGUUACUGAAGGAAAAGAUGUGCAUAGAACUGAUCACUCAGGGUAGUAAACUAAUGUGUGUGGAAGUGAAGGCCCUGGGGAUUCGUUUUAUAGACUCUUUAAACUUCUUGCCCAUGAAGCUUAGCAAGCUACCGCAGGCAUUGGGAUUUGAAGGGUGCAAAGGUUAUUUUCCACAUUUUUUUAACACUGUAAAAAAUCAAAAUUAUGUGGGACCUAUGCCCAGUGUGGCACACUAUGGUGUAGAAAGCAUGAUGCCCAGGGAGAAAACAGAGUUUCUCGACUGGUAUCAGGACCACAGUUCUGAGGUGUUUGACUUGCAGAAAGAGCUCGCGUAUUACUGUCAGCAGGAUGUCAAAAUUUUGAGACAGGCUUGUAUUCUAUACAGAAAAGAGAUCAUGAAAAUGACGGAGAAGGGAGAUGUAGUAGAGAAAGAACCUGGUAAAUUCACCGAAGUAAAACUGUGCAUAGAUCCAUUCCAGUACAUAACACUGGCAUCUGUUUGCAUGGCUAUGUACAGGUUUAUGUUUUUGGAGCCUAACACAGUAGCUCUUCUGCCUCCAGACAACUAUCACAGGCAGAAAAAAAGAUAUUCAACCCCAUCUAUUCAGUGGCUGUUGUAUAUCUCUUACAAAGAAAAUAUACAAAUACGGCAUGCUUUACAGGGUGGGGAACUACAGGUAGGACCCUACUUUUUAGACGGUUAUGCCGAUGUUGAUGGGCUACGCACAGCCUUUGAGUUUAA